AUACCGCUCACGUGUGUCACACAAGCAGACAGACAGACAGACAGACAGACAGACAGACAGACAGACAGACAGACAGCAAGCAUGGACCAGCGGUACAGACUACCAGUGGCGUCUAUUCUGCUGUUCGGAGCUCUGCAAUGUGCAAGUGGAGCCAUAGGAGGCUGGGAAGCGAAGCCCCACUCCAGGCCCUACAUGGUGUCCGUGCAGCAGAAUGGGAUCCAUCACUACGGGGGGUUCCUGGUGGCUGAUCAGUGGGUGGUCAGCGCAGCACACUGCUUCACAGCACAGUCCACUCCUUACAAAGUGCUGCUCGGGGCCCAUUCUUUGAGUGACAGCGAGUCGACCAAGCAGACAUUCGGCGUGGCUGCCAUUUACUCUCAUCCAGACUUCAAUAUUACAAGAAACUAUGACAAUGACAUCGCACUGCUGAAGCUGGACGGGCGCGUCUCACUGACCAAGGCUGUUCAGAAGAUCUCGUACCAGCGAGUGAGCAGAGACGUCCCUCAGGGGACCGUGUGCAGCUUGGCUGGCUGGGGCUGGAUCAGUAACGUAGGGAUAAAGCCAGACAAGCUGCAGGAGGUCAACGUGAGUGUCAUCGGCCGCGAGAAGUGCUCCAGCCGGAGAUACCACGGCAGCAGGAUCACGGGUAACAUGAUGUGCGCAGGGGACCGCGGUAAAGACAGCUGCAAUGGUGAUUCCGGAGGCCCCCUCUUGUGCAAUGGGCUGGUGGAGGGCAUCACUUCCUUUGGAGGGAUGAAGUGUGGGAAACCCCUGAAACCUGGAGUGUACACCGUGAUCUCUCACUACACGGACUGGAUCGACGCAGUGAUGAAUCAGGGGUCUAAGUACUGACCUGUGAUCCACUGACCAAUUCAAAUGGCUUGCUCCUGUGUGCUCUUAAAAAAGGAUGUAUAUAUAUAUAUAUAUAUAAAUAAAGCUAGCAUGCAUUUACAUGUUACUGUGUCAGUGUGUAAUCAUUGUGCACAUAGACCUAUAUACACUGCAUUUGGAUGGACUGACCUAUUGGCUUUGAACAACACUGCUUGUAAAAAUAGAGAGGAAAUAGAGAUCAUUGUAAUAUCCUACUC